ACGCGAGGUGGAAGUGCCUGGUUUUAUCGUUAACCUUUAAUCUCGUGUGAGAAUGGCGGCGCUUUGCUAGCGAGCUAACGGCAGAUGUCAACACUGCCCAGCUUUAGCUCAGCUCCGGCGGAACAGACGAAGCCUUUCUUUCUGCUUUUAUGACAGAACGCCGCUGACAUCGUUCCUCGAGUCAACAGGAGAGCAGUGGGACCAGCUCAGUGUUCAACCCUUCUCCCUGUACAGAAAUCCGUCCAGCAUGUCCAAUGAUCCUCCUCCCCCGUACCCUGGAGGUCCCAGUGCCCCCCUUAUUGAGGAAAAGCAUGGACAACCUGAAGCUGUCCCUAUAAGAACUGGUCCCCCCCAGGGGCAGCCCUUGCCUCCAGAUUAUGGUCCUCCACCUUAUGAAGCCCCACAUCCAGGCUUCCUUCCCCCGCAUGUCCCUGGGGAAGGGCCCAUGCCCAUGCCCAUGACCAUGCCACCACCCCCACAAGGUGGCCACUACCCUCCCCCACCCGGUCACUUUCCUCACCCCAUGCCAGGACAGAUGGGCCCUGGUCCCAGUCAUUUUGUCCACAUGGGUGGUCACACAGCGACCGUCCUGGCUCCUCCAGGAGCAGCCACCACUGUAACUGUGCUGCAGGGGGAAAUGUUCCAGACCUCGCCGGUGCAGACUGUGUGUCCACAUUGUCAGCAGGCAAUCAUCACCCGCAUCUCUCACGAUAUUGGCCUCAUGAACACACUCUUCUGCCUCUUCUGCUUCUUUGUAGGGUGUGAUCUUGGCUGCUGCUUGAUUCCCUGCCUAAUUGAUGACCUGAAGGAUGUGACACACACUUGCCCAUACUGUAAGGGCUACAUUUACACAUACAAGCGUAUAUGCUAACCACGGACAGUUGUAUGCCACAGAACAACGUACACAACCCCACAGCGCCUCCUGCUGAUAGUCACAGGCUUUGUUCCUUAUUUUUGUCGCGUAGCCCCUCUCAAAUUAUAAGUGCAGUUUUCUUGUUAGUUCACACUUACUGUAUAUAUCUUUCUGCAGAAUUCUUUCAUGUGUGUACUGUAUAUAUGCAUUUAAAAUGUACAGAUUUCUCACUGAACUAUUGCUGGUGUGCAGCGCUUUAGAGGCACAGUACGCAUAGGCAGCAGAUGAGGUGCACCUGAUCCUGUAUAGACAAACUCAGCAAGAGAAUACUGUGAAAAUUGUCACUUUAUUUGGACUUAAUCUGUGAAUCCUGAUCAGAAGCCAAACAUGCUGAGAUGGCAUGGUGUUUUUUUUCUUAUUUAUUUUAAAGAUUUCAUCUAUUGUUUUGACAAGUUCAUAUGGAGAACUGUGACUUUCUUUGUCUUCUUUUAACAGAACUAGUUUUAUCCUUUUAUCAUUAACCCUUGUUGAAUGUAAGCAAAAUAGCUAACUGUUCUCAUUAGCUUGUUUGGGAAGGAUCAAUGUUACUUGCUACAGUACAUCUAUUACUCUUCUAAGCUUCAGUCACAGACUGAGCAAUUUACAGAUGCACUGAUGUUACCCAUCACUUCCCUCUGUCUGCAAUGCACUUAAUUAAAGAGAAAUUAAAGAAUUUGCACUUCAAGUUAAAACCCAAAAUAUCCCUCUGGACCUUAUUAAUUGGUCAACAUUAACCUCUCAAUCACGUGAAAGUGGGGAAAAAAGAUGUCAUUUAUAAUCUCAUUUGAGAUUAAAAGCAUUUAAUUUUGAUCUUUACUGGGUGAAUUCCACCCUUUGUCCACUUCUAUAUAGUGUAGUUUAAUUAAAGUAAAAAACAGACACUUUGUUACUGAAGAGCCUGCAUGACAUCUCCCUGACCUGAGGCUCAGUCUGAAACACUGCCUCACUUUGUUUUCACAAAUACCGCUGACUGAUAGUGACAGUUUGCAGGAAGCUCCUGUAAACAAAGGCCAAACACUGGCACUACCGUAAUCACAUGACACCUUUUACAUGUAACCCUUAAAAUACGGCAUUAGCCUGUUAAGAUUACCUGCAUUGCUCAGAUGCAUGCCAAAUAGAAAAAAAACUCGUCUUUUUAAACCAGUUCAGCAAUUAGAAAAGUAGUAAUCUCUGCUAAGAAUAAGCUUUAAAUAAAUGGCAGUAAUUCUGCUGGGAUUAGUGCUAAUUAAAUGAGCAUUGUUCCACCGCAGCAUGCUCCAUCUCUCAUUCAGUCUCAGUGCAGUUUACCUGUAUGAGCCACACAUUAAAAUAAGCAAGUCUUACAUGCUAGUAUUUGACUUUAUGUAAGUUAGAUUCUUUGUUGAGGUCAGUUAUGUGAAAAAGGGUCAUUUGACUUGAAGGAACUGCAUUUAACCUGUCAUGAAGUACAGUAUGCCAUUGUUGUGGAUUAUGCUGGUGUGCAUCACUCUCUAAAUGUCUGUGAUAUGUAUAACUGUUAAGUCAGAAGUUGUUUGACUGUUGUAUACAGGUACUAUUUUAUCAAUAAAAAUUAACAGUUUUCAUUGAAAUUUA